AUGUGGAAGCGAUCAACUCUCUUGAAAUGUUUGAAUUUACCAAUGAACAGGAAUAUGACUCAUCAUAUUAUUGAAAAUGGAAAAGAAGCAGCAGGGAAGUUGGCUGAAUUCAGGGAUAUUAUGUUGCAAUUCAAUAUGUUCCCGUUUUUGAAUGGAGGAACCCUUUUAGGUUGGUACAGAGAAUGCGGAAUCAUUCCGCAUACAACUGAUAUGGAUAUUGCGGUUUUUGCGAAGGACUUUCGCCCGGAUUUGGUCAAAUUUCUACAGUCGAGAAGUUCGCCAUUCCAAUUGGUGAGAAAAAUUGGAUUGCUGAAUGACUCAUUCGAAUUGACCGUGACUACCAAAACCGGAUACAAGGUAAAUACAGACUUGUUUUUGAUGUACGAAGCUGUUGAUGGAAAUGGAAAUGUUCGAAAUUGGGUUGGAGGAGCAAGUUAUACCCUAAAGUAUAAAUACAUUUAUCCUAAAUAUGAUCCCUGGUGUGCCGCUGAUCUCUAUGGAUACCUCUUUUGGGUAACUUGUUCUCCUCAGAAAAUGCUAAUUUUCGAAUACGGAAAUUUAUGGUAUGAAGAUCUUCCAAGUUCACAAUAUAAUUGGAAAAACUCAGCCAAUAAUGUACAAAGAAAUGGAGAAUGGAGAGAAGAAGAAUUGGAACAAGUUUAUGUGAUGUAUUGA